UGUGACGUUGACGUGAGGAGGAGGGCGCGCGGAGCUGACUUCAGCGCGAGCCUGUCAAACACUACACAGCAACAUGGCGGACUGGGACGCUGACAGCUUCGAGCCGGAGGAGCCGAUUAAAAAGGCGCCCGCGCUGGACAAAUGGGAAGGCGAAGACGAAGAUGAAGACGUUAAGGACAAUUGGGAUGAUGAAGAUGAAGAAGAAGAGAAAAAAGUAGAGGCUAAGAAAACUGAAUCAAAGGUUUCAGAAAAAAAGAAGCUGAGCGAGAAAAUCAAAGAGAAAGAAAACAGGUUAAGGAAAAAGCAACAAGAACAAGAAGACAUGCGUCAAAAUGAAGCAGAGCUUACUCCUGAGGAAUUGAUAGCAGAGAAGUUGAGAGUGAAGAAGCUACAGGAAGAGUCAGACUUGGAGCUCGCGAAAGAUGCUUUUGGUGUUAGUCCUACCACUACUAGUAACAGUGUCAGUGGCAUCGAUGCCAUGUGUCCAUCUUCCAGAGAAGACUUUACAGAGUUUGAAAAACUGUUGAAAGAUAAAAUAACCCAGUUUGAAAAAUCAGUACAUUAUUCAAGUUUCUUGGAGUCAUUGUUCCGGGAACUCUGUAUUUCAUUGGAAGUAGAAGAUUUGAAGAAAAUCAGUAAUUCCCUGUCAGUUCUACUUAGUGAGAAACAGAAACAAGAAAAGCAAAACAAAGGAAAGAAGAAGAAGAAGGGUGUAGUUGCAGGUGGUGGAGGCUUCAAAGCAAAGAUGAAAGAUGACCUCGAUUAUGGAGGUUUUGAGGAAGACUAUGACGACUUCAUGUGACACUGGCUCUUCCGCCGCUUCCUUCUCCCGCUCAACCCUCGGAAACGCAGCUGUACCUUCUCAUGCUGUCCAGUGCCAUCCUGGAAAAAAUCUGAACUAUGUGUUGCUCCCCUUAAGUUUGCUUCAGAGACCAGAGGGACUGAACCAGGGAGCAGCCAGUUUUCACUAUUUUACGUUCAUACAUAUUGAAUUGCCUUUUCUCUGUUCUCAUUCAGCCUUGGCUCUAACAUCGUAUAAUCAUGUAGUUUCUAUUGGAUGACCCAGCUUCAGAGAAGAAAGCAUUUUGAAAACUGCUGUCGUUCGAUAUUUCGCGGAGCUCUUUAUGUUAAUUGUUGCUCCUGAUGAUAAAAUGACAGAUCCAGUAUUGCAGUUGUUAGUGUAGAGACAUAGAAACAAAGGUUCUAUGCAAAUCCUAUACCAGAAUGUCCUAUAUAUUUUAUAGGUCUGAAUAGUCUGACCAUACGGCGGAGGUAAAGUAUAUAGUAUCUAUAACUUUUGCCUAAUGAAGAGCUGACCUGUGCGUUGGACAUCUCUGGGCAGGUUGCACUACAGGCAAAAUGAACUUCCAAUACUUUAAAAUGGAUGACAUAUGUUUGGAAAGGGACUUAAGACAAAGUAUAAUUUUAAAAACUUCAGCACCUCACAGCCAUCCUCUUGUUACACCUCUGGAAAAAAUGCAGUGCUUAUAGGUCUUAUUUGUGCAUAAUAAACAUUUACUAAUUUGAUUUGUACUAAUGCAAAAAAGAUCAGGCAAGUAGAUUUAACUUGCUAAAACUGGUCUUCUAAUUGCUUUGGUAGGCUUGUAUCAAGUAAGAAGAAAUGUGAGGACUUAUGAGCUUCACACCUACAUGGUUUCAUUUGGGCUACAGUUGAAAAGGGGCAUUUUCCUUUUUUCUAGCAAUGGACAAAGUGUCAAUGUUUAAACAGACAAUAGGAUGAAUACAAUGUGGAAAAUAAAGCAUCUGCAGUGUUUUAUAAGCAUCUAAUUUAAUAAAUCACUGAUCAAAAGGA